AUGAAUGGUCAAGCUGAAGUAUCCAAUCGAGAAAUCAAAUCUAUCCUAGAGAAAGUUGUCAACGCAAUGUGGAAGGACUGGGCACAGAGGCUGGAUGAAGCGCUCUGGGCCUACAGGACUGCCUACAAGACCCCUAUAGAGUCGGAGCACAAGGACUUCUGGGUAGUUAAGAAGCUAAACUUGAACUUGGACACCGCGGGCGCUCAACGCAAACUUCAGCUCAAUGAGCUUGAGGAGUGGCGAUUGAACGCGUACGAGAAUAACAAGCUUUACAAAGAAAAGACAAAACGUUGGCACGAACAACACAUUAGUAAGAAAGAGCUUGUUGUUGGCGAAAAAGUUCUAUUGUUCAAUUCACGUCUGCGUUUAUUCCCAGGGAAGUUAAAAUCCAGGUGGUCAGGACCCUUCAUCAUUAAGACAAUCUUUCCAUAUGGAGCAGUGGAAUUAACACGGGAGGAUGGCACCAACGCAUUCAAAGUAAAUGGCCAAAGAGUGAAGCCAUACUUUGAAGAUGGACUGGAACGUCAAAAGUCAUCUCUCGCACUACGCAAAGCCAGCUGA